GUUAAUUUCUCUUCUCUCCAUUCUUCCUUCCAGGCCCUUAGGCCCAGAACUACCCCAUUACCCCAUCUAGGACCCAGAACAGCCAGUGGGCAUGACGUCCCAUCGCAUGACGUCCCAUCCCUGGGUCCUCUUGGGAGGGAAAGGAGAAAUGCUGGUGACAUCACAGUUUCCUGUCCUUUCAGGGACCCUGAAGGGGAAGAUGGAGGAGAACUGGUCCUGGGGGGCUCAGACCCGGAUCACUACGUCCCACCCCUCACCUUCAUACCUAUCACGAAGCCCACUUACUGGCAGAUCCGCAUGCAGCGUGUGCAGGUGGGCACAGGGCUGACUCUGUGUGCCCAGGGCUGUGCUGCCAUCCUGGACACAGGAACCUCCCUCAUCACGGGGCCCAGUGAGGAGAUCCACACCCUGCAUGCCACCAUUGGGGGGUUUCCUCUCUUCACAGGGCAGUACCUCAUUCACUGCUCCAGGGUCCCAGUGCUCCCCGCUGUCUCCUUCCUCCUUGGUGGGGCCUGGUUUAACCUCACAGCCCAGGACUAUGUCAUCCAAAUUUCUCAGGGUGGCUUCCGCCUCUGCUUGUCUGGCUUCCAGGCCUUGGAUGUGCCUCCGCCCGCAGGUCCCCUCUGGAUCCUCGGCGACGUCUUCCUGGGGACCUACCUGGCUGUCUUCGAUCGCGGGGACUCGAACGCGGGAGCCCGCGUAGGCCUCGCGCGCGCGCGUUCUCGCGAGGCGCAGCGGCGAGGCGGAAAUGCGCACGCGUAGUUCGCGGCCUCCCU